AUGGCGAGCGCGCGUCGGACCUCCAACUUCCCCACACGCGUCCCGGGCAGCCACGACCGACCGGGCAGCAGAGACACGGACAAAGAGGAGAUAUGGAAGCCCAUGCUCGACAACAUCUCGAGUGGAAAGCGACUGCCGGAAAAGAGUCUACUCGUCCUGGGCGGAACUCCAGAAACACAGCGAGAGUUCCUCGAAUCGGUAUCCACAGACUCUGCAAACAACAGGCGACCGCCAGACCGGGGCAGGAAGCCGCCCAUCGCCAACCAAUUCGCCCUGGGCUACACGUACCAAGAUGUACUGGACACGGAUCACGAGGAUACUCUUGCGCGCCUCUCGCUCUACCUCCUCGCUAACCCAUCGCCCUCGUUCACACCCCUGAUCAAGCCGUACCUGAACCCACGAACCCUCCCGCACAUGCUCAUCGUCAUACUCCUCGACUGGAACCACCCAUGGCUGUGGAUACGACAACUGCGCGACUGGAUCAGAGUACUGCGAUCGCUCAUUGUCUCGCUCGAUGACAACUCCAAGGUAGUGCUGGAGGAGAACAUCCAAACCCUCCAAGACAAAGGGCGCAACCUCCCAUCCGAAGGCAGCAGCAUGGAGAAUGUGAAGAUACCACUAGGCCCGGGAGAGUGGGAUGAGCCACUUGGCAUACCGCUAUGUGUAGUAUGCCAAAACGCGGACAAGAUCGAGACCCUUGAGAAGGAGCGGGGCUGGAAAGAGGAGGAAUUCGACUUCAUACUCCAGUACAUGCGCACUAUCCUUCUCAAGCACGGCUCAAGCUUGGUAUACACCAUGCCGACGGCGCCGGGAUCUUUGCGAACGCUCAUUCACUCCACGCUCGGCAUCAAGUCUCUGCUCAAGCAAGAGCAACUCAGACACAAUGUGACGGAUCGCGAUCGGGUACUGGUUCCACCCAACUGGGACUCUUGGGCGAAGAUUCGUAUAUUAAGAGAGGGCUUUGAUGUCGAGGGCAUCAGCGAGAAAUGGAGUGUUGACAUUGACAUUCCCCAGCACAUGCGGCCAACCAACGGUCAGGUGGCUGCACCCGUCGAAGGAGAAGCCCAACUGAACGGCGAAGAGGCGCAGGUUGCGCCAGCUGAAGAAGAAGAGGAAGGACCCUCAGCGACUUCAAUCUACGAGGAGACGAUCCGCAACCCGGAGUCAGACUACGCACUUUCCAGCUUAUCGAAACAAGCCAACGGGCUCGAAGUAUCAAGCAAAGAUCCACAGGCCUUCCUCGCCGAUCAAGUCAACGUUCUUGAGAAUCUGCGGCGGGAGGAUGAGAAUGAAGCUGCCAUCAAGGCUGCGCGCAAAGAGCAAGAUCCAUCAAUCUCUAGGACUUAUACCGACGACGCAUCGGGAGUUGUCGAAGAGCAUAUUGGACCUGUACAAUUUAACAUGGGUGGCAUCCAAGUCAACGCCGAUGAAAUGGUCAAGAGGCUACAGGACCGUCAAGCCAACCGAUCAGACGAGCCCGAAACACCACCUCCGAAAACGCAGGAUACCAACAUCAACGACAACGAGAAGCUGAGAUCCUUCUUCUCGAGCUUGGUCAACAAGGCGCCCUCAGGCAGUCCAAGGGGUGGUUCAUAA